UUCCAACGUGCACUACUUUGUUCCAUCUAACUGCAUCACGCACUUCGUUCUGGGGUCUGCAACUCGCAAGCGCAACCCGACGUUCUUUGCACGAUUUUGUCAAGGCUUUCUACGCUACGCUUGAGAUACCCAAAUAACUUUGGAUAGGCUUACGUUGCCAGUUGCUUUGGCUGGGUCGGGCUUGCUCUCCUGUCUCCGGCACUAGAGCUUGCCUCUCCGUCUUGAGUGCGGAAGAUAAGGAGCCCCUGCGCUUGAACAGCCUCUGAGUGGGAGGCGGGGAGGGUGGGCCUCUGCCCCGAGAGCAGAGGCAGCGAGAAUGAAGAAGGGGCCGAUUAAAAUCGAGCCCUUCAGGCACCCAGUGACCGUCGACCCGCAGUAUGCAGACAAGACGUGGAAGGUGCUAGAGGAUGCCAUUCGGGAGAUCCACAACCAAAAUGCCAGUGGGCUCAGCUUUGAGGAGCUGUACCGUAACGCCUACAACAUGGUGCUGCACAAGUACGGCCCGCGGCUGUACGAGGGGCUCAUCCGCACGCUGACGGCGCACCUGACGGAGGUGGCGAAAAAGAUCGAGGAGAAGGAGGGCGCGCCCUUCCUGCGCGAGCUGAAGAAGCGCUGGGACGAGCACACCAAGAGCUCGCAGAUGAUCCGCGACAUCCUCAUGUACAUGGACCGCACGUUCGUGGUGCAGCAGCAGAAGACGCCGGUGUUCACGCUGGGCCUGGAGCUGUGGCGCGAUGUGGUGGUGCGCAACCGCGCCAUCAGCGAGCGCCUGCUGGCCAUCGUGUCGUCCCUCAUCAUGAAGGAGCGCCAGGGUGAGGUGAUCGAGCGCGGCCUGAUCAAGAGCGUGACGCAGAUGCUGGGGGAGCUGGGGCACGCGGUGUACGUGGAGGACUUUGAGAAGCCCUUCCUGGCGGCCGCGGCGGAGUUCUACCGGAAAGAGGCUCAGGAGUACAUCACCAGCAGCGACUGCCCCGAGUACCUGCGCAAGGCGGAGGCGCGGCUGGGCGAGGAGGCGGAGCGCUGCGGCGCCUACCUGGACGCCAACAGCACCGAGCCCAAGAUCACGCGCGUGGUGGAGACGGAGCUGCUCAAGGCGCAGAUGACGCCGCUGCUGGAGAUGGAGCACAGCGGGCUGAUUGCGCUGAUGCGGGACGACAAAUUCGACGACCUCAGCCGCCUGUACUGCCUCAUGCGCCGGGUGGACAACGGACUGGGCACGGUGCGGCACAUGCUGUGCGAGCACGUGAAGGAGGUGGGGCGCGCGCUGGUGAGCGACCCGGAGCGCAGCAAGGACCCGGUGGAGUACGUGCAGGCGCUGCUGGACAUGCGCGACAAGUACGAGCGCAUCAUCACGCAGGCCUUCGCGGACGAUAAGACGUUCCGCAAUGCACUCAACCAGGCGUUCGAGCACUUUGUGAACCUCAACGUGCGCUCGCCCGAGUUCAUCUCGCUCUUCAUCGACGACAAGCUGCGGCGCGGCAUCAAGGGGCUGAGCGACACGGACGUGGAGGGGGUGCUGGACAAGGUCAUGGCGCUGUUCAGGUACCUGCAGGAGAAGGACGUGUUUGAGAAGUACUACAAGCAGCACCUGGCCAAGCGCCUGCUCAGCGGCCGCACCACGUCGGACGACGCGGAGCGCAACUUGCUGGUCAAGCUCAAGACCGAGUGCGGCUACCAGUUCACUAGCAAGCUGGAGAGCAUGUUCACGGACAUCAAGACCAGCCGCGACACCAUGAACGAGUUCCGCACGCGCCUGGUGGAGACCGGCAAGCUGGAGGCGGAGCUGGGCGGCAUCGACCUGCAGGUGCAGGUGCUCACCACCGGCUCCUGGCCCACGCAGGCGCCGUCCAAGUGCAACCUGCCGCGCGAGCUGGAGGCCGCCUGCGAGUCCUUCCGCAACUUCUACCUGUCCACACACAGCGGGCGGCGCCUCACGUUCCAGCCCAACAUGGGCACAGCAGACCUCCGAGCCGUGUUCGGCGCUGGGCGGCGGCACGAACUGAACGUGUCCACAUACCAGAUGUGUGUGCUGCUGUUGUUCAACGAGGCUGACUCGCUCAGCUACCGCGACAUCGCGCAGGCGACGGAAAUCCCGGCACCGGACCUGAAGCGCGCGCUGCAGUCGUUGGCGUGCGUCAAGGGGCGGAACGUGCUGCGCAAGGAGCCGGCGGGCAAGGACGUGGCGGACAGCGACGUGUUCUUCUACAACGACAAGUUCACCAGCAAGCUCAUCAAGGUCAAGAUCAGCACCGUGGCCGCCACCAAGGAGGGCGAGAGCGAGAAGGCGGAGACGCGGCAAAAGGUGGAGGAGGACCGCAAGCCGCAGAUCGAGGCCGCCAUCGUGCGCAUCAUGAAGGCCCGCCAGCGGCUCGACCACAACACCAUCAUCACCGAGGUGACGCGCCAGCUGCAGGCGCGCUUUGUGCCCAAUCCCGCCACCAUCAAGAAGCGCAUCGAGAGCCUCAUCGAGCGCGAGUUCCUGGCCCGUGACGAGGCCGACCGCAAGUUCUAUACCUACGUGGCCUAAGCAAGCAGAGCGGGCAAUGCUAGCCACAGCGCAUUCUUACUACCACGCACUGGCAGGAUGAUUAGCAGGAGUCUGUCUGCAUGCCUGGCAGCUGGGAAUGAAGGCCGCAGCAGGCAAGACUGCGAGGUAGGGCACUCUAGGGCCGCAUGGGAAGUGUGUCCGGUAGUGAGCAUAUGGAGCUGUACUCAUGAUGUGGCUGCGUUAGCGGCUCUUGCAGUCAUGCUCUCGGCGGCGAGGCAACAGGGCCGGCUUGUGAGCGGUCGCAGUCGUAGUGCUUGACCGCACGGCAGCUAAAGCCACCCGUGGCAGCACAACGUCCUGUGUGCAUCACUGCAAUGCAAGCAGGAAGGGGUCCGUGGGAGGUUCUGGUAGCUUGGCGCCGAUGGCCCUAGCAGAAGUCGCAAGGAUGAGCCUGAGGCAAUGGCUGCUAUCGUACUUCGUACAUUCGGCCCAAAGUCACGUGUGCAGGGAGCUGAGCGAUGUACACCCGCUUUGGUGAUGCUCCAGUACAUGCGUCGUCAGGUGGUGCGGCAUGAUGAGAGUGAAAGGCACGCACAGGGCAGAGUUGCAAGCAGGGAUUGCCUUGGUUGCCACAUGCGUUGGACAGUUGGAGGGUCGCUUGCCCUCAGGCGGUCUUCUACUGUAUGUAGCAAGGUCUUCUGCAUUGCCGGCUACUGCGGACUAGCUUGCGUGGGUUGGGGUGAGCGAAGAAGGUUGAGAGGUAUGUACGCGGGGCACGCAUGGUUCGACUGACUGCGUGUCUAAAAGCACAGCAGCAGUUCUUCAUGAGCCCCCCGCCUGUCUGCGUCGACAAAAAGUACCAUACUGGCACAAACCGCGAGCGCCAUGUAUUGCAGCGGUGGCGGUGGCGGCGGCGGCGGCAGCAGCAGCAGCGGGGGCGCGUGCGCGCAUCUUGGUAGUGGAGGGGGCGGGAAAGGCCACGUGGAGGAGAAGAGCGCAGCGCCGCCCAAGAAGCGGCGCAAGCGCGCAGGCUGAGGAGCCGGCUGGCGGUGCCUAGGUAGCGGUCCGCGGUGGGGCUGGCAGGGCAUGCGUAGCGGCAUGACAAGCAGUGCGGCUGCUGACAAGUGCUGCGUCGGGCUGCGGUUGGCUCUGCUGUGGUAUCGCGAUUGGUUUGGCUAUGUGCCUGUGGAUACCGACCCCGGCUAUGUCCAGGCGAUGAAGUUGUUCGGCCUCAGACUGUGGAGGGGCUCAGGCCCUUUUCCCGUGACCGGGGAACACUUGUCAUGAGCCAAUCCCAUUGUCCUGUAGGCACUUUCCGAGCCAAUUCAGGAGCACGUCGAUCAGGAUGGACGACGCUGGAGGACAUCAAAGCUUUAAAAUGUGUGCGGCG